CUCUUUAGCUGCCCUGUCGAACAUGGCUUUGCGCUGGGCUUCUGCGCUAAGGCGCAAAGAGGCAGCCAAGUCGCUGCUCCUCUUGCGCGGGGCGCAAGGAAGCUCUCCUCGCAGCCGGAGCAGCAGCGCUGCCGCCGUGGCCGGGUCCCCCUCCGGAGACCACCUAAUAUACACGCAGGAGCAUUUCGCCUUGAGGGAGUCUCUGAGAAAGAUUAUUGACAAAGAAAUCAACCCAUUUGUGGACAAAUGGGAAGAAGAGGGACAGUUUCCAGCACACCAAGUUUUUAAGACGCUGGGGAAAGCUGGAUUCCUUGGAGUGAAUAAGCCAACUGAAUAUGGCGGCCUUGGCCUGGACUUCUCAUACAGUAUUGCAGUGGCUGAAGAACUGGGAAAUAUUCGCUGUGGAGGGGUUCCCAUGGCGAUUGGAGUACAAGCUGACAUGGCGACACCUGCCCUUGCAAGAUUUGGAUCUGAAGAGCUGAAGAGAGAAUUCCUUGCCCCAAGUAUAGCUGGAGAUGUUGUGGCUUGCUUAGGAGUCAGCGAACCUGGUGCAGGCUCAGAUGUUGCAAGCAUCAAGACGAAGGCUGUAAGAAAAGGAGACGACUAUAUUAUAAAUGGUGGCAAAAUGUGGAUUACAUCUGGUUGUCAGGCAGAUUGGAUGUGCUUGCUGGCAAACACUAGCGACGGACCACCUCACAGAAACAAAUCUCUUCUGUGUCUGCCGAUGAAGCUACCUGGUGUUCACAUUGCUAAGAAAAUCGACAAGAUGGGCAUGCGGUCAUCCGACACAGCACAAAUCUUUUUUGAAGAUGUCAGAGUUCCCAGAAAAUACCUCAUUGGGGAGGAAGGAAUGGGCUUUACAUACCAGAUGUUGCAAUUCCAAGAGGAGCGAAUGUGGGGAGUAGCCAACAUUUUGAUGCCACUGGAAAAUGCGAUACAAGAGACGGUCGAUUACACUCGCCAGCGUAAGGCAUUCAACCAGCCAAUACUUCAUAACCAAACAGUGCACUUUCGUCUGGCAGAAUUAGCGACGGAGGUGGAACUCCUUCGAUCUUUACUCUAUCGGGCUAUUGCUCUGUAUAUCUGUGGCAAUGAUGUGACCAAAUUUGCAUCCAUGGCUAAAUUAAAGGCAGGGCGUCUGGCUCGGGAGUUAACAGAUAGUUGUCUCCAGUUCUGGGGAGGAAUGGGGUUCACUAAUGAGGUGCUUGUGAGCAGACUCUACAGAGACUCUAGAUUGCUCUCCAUAGGAGCUGGUGCUGAUGAGGUCAUGCUUUCUAUUAUAUGCAAGUAUAUGGACAUCUUACCAAAGAAGUAACUCCCAGGACUCCUGCUGAUCUCUGCUUACAUUUCAGUAAGCUGAAUUGGGAAGAUUCUGUAAGAGUUACUUACCUUGAAUGUUCUUAACAUUCAUGUUGCUGGGAUUGUGCCUUAUAUGGUAAUACCAUACCUAAUCAUUGCCAGAAACACAUGCAACCUUAUUUUACCUCAGAUAUUAUAUGGCACGACCUAUACUCACUCUCUGGUUGGGCAAAGAUGGACUACUUCUCUGGCUAUUCUUACAAAGCUAAAACAUUUUAAAUACGUCACAAAAACCAGAGCUUUGAGCAGUAGCUUCUGGUGAAAGAUUGUUUUUUCUGGACCUGCUUUUAAUUGCUGUAGAAGUGCAAUUGUUUAUUUGCUUUUAAAUUCCAUAUAAUAGAAGACCCUCAUCAUGUGUCAAGUUUCUUAAAUGCCUGUGUGAAUCCUCUCUGCUCCAAGGGAGGCUUCCGGCAAUUCCUCAAUUGGAAUAGCAAAGUAUUGAUUGCACACCUUUGUGUGCACAGCACAUAUCUAGGCUGCUCCAGAGUAAUUGUUUAGGUUUAUUGUUAGCGUAGCCGUUUUCAGCAAGGAGACAAUUAAAAUGGGUAAUUCACAGAACAUGUUUCAAAGCAAACCCCCUAAAAUUCCAUCUGGUUGGCUAAAUUAGUGUAAUUUGUUAACGCAUCUGACAAUCAAGAAGUGGUAAUUGACUUUGCAAUAAGUUGCAAACACUGGCUCUGUACUAAGCUGAAUAAAACAUAUUUUUAAAUUUUGAA